ACGUGUACCAACAUCCGCUGUGGACGUCACCGCUGUCACCAAACAUGGCGGCGUCCUGUGUGCGAACCGUGGGCUCUUUACUUGGGAAAUGUGGUAAUUGCAGUUCGAAUAUAAACACAGUCACGUCGCAGUUAAGCCGGCAGGUGCUGAGGAGGCAGAUAUGUGUGAGCACUGCCCUCCUCAAGAAGAACCUGGCAGCUGCAGGGCCAGAGAAGUUCACAGUGGAGUUCAUUCAGAAGCAGGUGGAGGAAUUUGACAUCGGGAAACGACACCUGGCCAACAUGAUGGGAGAAGACCCUGAGAACUUCACCCAGGAGGACAUAGAUAGAAGCAUCGCCUACCUCUUUCCCUCUGGCCUGUUUGAGAAGAAAGCUCGGCCUCUCAUGAAGCAUCCUGAGGAGAUAUUUCCAAAGCAGAGAGCUGUCCAGUGGGGAGCAGACGGACGGCCUUUCCACUUCUUGUUUUACACCGGCAAACAGUCCUACUACUCCCUCAUGCAUGAAUUGUACGGCAAAAUCCUGAACAUAGAGAAGCACCAAGAUCGUCUGAGAGCCAAAGGACUCUUCUCCCAGGACGCUAAAGCGAUCGCUCUCGACACGAGCAGGUGGUUCACAAAGGAGGAACUCGAGGUGUUGUUGGUGGAGACCAUCUCUUCACAUAAUUACGAUCGUUUCAUCCAGCUGAUUGAGCGUCUCCUGUCCAUGCCCUACGGCAACAUGGAGGAGGAGUUUGUUCUGCAAUACCGUCGGCCGCUGGAGGCUCAGUCCAAGAAGCAGUCGGUGCCAGUGCCAGAGAGGGAUGACAAAGGCGUGGCCUUUAGCACUUCAGAUGGUCGGAGGAAGACGUCUAACUCGUCAGUCGUGCUUCGAGACGGCGGCUCUGGUCGCAUCACCGUCAACGGCCAAGAAUACCUCCAGUACUUCCCCGUGCUACAAGACAGAGAGCAGCUGAUGUUCCCGCUUCAGUUCGUGGACUUGCUGGGGCGCUUCGACCUGGAGUGCACCGUGAGCGGCGGCGGCAGGUCGAGCCAGGCGGGGGCGCUGCGCCUCGCCAUUUCCCGGGCUCUGCUCAGCUUCCUGUCUGAGGGAGAGCAGGAGACGAUGAGACAAGCUGGUCUGCUGACCCCUGACCCCAGAGUGAGGGAGAGGAAGAAGCCGGGCCAAGAGGGAGCACGACGGAAAUUCACCUGGAAGAAACGCUGAGGAGGAGAAUGUUCUCACCUGAAUUCAAAUAUCAAACUUUCUCUUCUGGUCUCCAUUUGCGGCCUUUUAAAGCUGACUGUUUGUUGCUCCAGAGGCCUGUCACUUGUGUCCUCCUUAGUUUAUUGAAACUCUUGAAACCAAGUGAAUACUGUGUAUUUUUCCAUGGCCACUGUUCUCAAGCUGCAGUGAGCCCCUUCAGCCACCAGAGGGAAGUGUCAUCAGGAAUGAAUAAAUUAUAUUGUUGAUCUCAAUAAUCAAUCAAUAAAUUACAAGUUUUCAUAUAAAAAAAAGGUGUUUUUGUUGUAAUGUUGACUGUUGUAUAGCAUACUUUUUUAAACAUUCUUUGAUUUCACUGUUGGAGUUUAACUGAAUAGGGUAAAGUGUUUUAAUAUGCAAAUAAGGUAUUACCUAUCAAAAUAUGCGCUCAUUUUCAUUCAUUUCCAAAACAAAUCUGAGCAUCGGAUGAAGCCACCUUCAGAAUUCUUGUUUUAUUUUGUCACAUAUUGCUGUUUUUUAUAUGGGCAAUUUUGGAUUAUUGUUUUCUAUUACCCCAUAAAUUAGAAAAUACUCUCAGUAGUCAGGAAAAAAAAAAGAUUUUGACCAUGUUUUUAGGGUUAGGGUUAGUCUGGUUUGUCUGUCUCUCUGUUAGCAACGUUACUCAAAAAUGUAUUAAUGGAUCUGGACCUGUCCAGGAUGAAAAAACUAUGCAAAAUACCACUUCUUGCAUCAAAAUGAAGGAACGGACUACACUCUUUGACUUUGCUCUAAGUCAGCUGGGAUAGACUCCAGACCCCCACAACCCUAAUAAGGAUUAGCAGUGCAUAGAUAAUGGAUGGAUGGUACAAACUACUGAACAAUGCAAGACCCAGAACCUGAAGAGAAAAGAAAGAAACUCAAGGCUGGGUGGAUAUACUGUGAUGUCUCCACUAGGUGGGUGUCCUGAGCAGAACAAAGAUAGUUUUACCCAAGUGUCUUACAUGUACUCAUAUUAUUCAAACUGUCGUCAUCUUAUCAGCUAAAAGCAUAAUUUAAGUAAUUGUUCCAGAUUUUAAGCAACUGGGGGUCACUUAAAAAAAUUACUGAUUUUUGAGCUGUUCUUUUGUGGGACAAUCUUGCCUCCAGACGCAAACAAUGUGAGUCACCAAAAAAAGGACUAUUUGGCCUACUUUUGUGUUUCUCAGUCACCGAGGUUAUUGUAAUCCUCUGAGCUUCAGAAGAAGGCAACUGGAUGUUCUGGAGGACUGAUCCAAGAAGCGUUAUUUCCGGGGGCCCCUGCUUUCUCUCUAUUUGCUUAGUCUUUCUCAAAUCUAAAUAGCAUGUAAGCAGAAAAAAAUAAUAUUUUGCUACUCUGAAAUCAUAGGAAAAGUCUCUCAUUGGGUCACUGCUGCUUGGAAUCCUGCAUAUGUGGUGGUGUUUUUUUUGUGUUUUUUUUUAAGUCACUCUUUUAGUCCCAAGACUGCAGUUCCCCUUCUCACCCACCUGACUUCGUUUACAAGCCGUCACAAAGGAAGUAGCUAGAAGAUCCCUGGCUCGUGACCUGGCCUUCCUGGUAUCUUUCUGCAUGGAGUUUGCAUGUUCUCUUUGUGCAUGCGUGGGUUUCCUCCCACAGUCUGAAUAUGUGCUGAGGUUAAUUGAUUAUUCUAAAUUUGCCCCUAGGUUUGAGUGUGAUUGUUUGUCCUGUUUUAACAGUAACUUUAAGUUAUUGUCUUGUUUUUCAUUGUGAAGCACUUUGGUCACCCUUUGGGCUGUUGUAAAGGGCUGUGGAAAUAAACUAUGAUUGAUUGAAGUACAGUGGAA